AUGCAUACUGAUAUUAUCGCAACAGUCUUCUCUAUGACCACCGGUGUGAACGCCAGCAGAGGCACCACGACUUCAAAGGGAUGAGAAAGACAAAGCGACUAGCCCAAUUAAUGCAUCGCCCGCUUGCCUACUUGGGUCAAGAAGCCCACCACCACGGGCUGCAGAACUGUCCAUGCCGGUCCAUGCACGAUAUUCCUUGCGGCCAAUGCCACCUCCAUUGUCAAUCACCACUGGCACCCUCAGCCACGCCACCCGUUUUGGUGUCCUACCCUUCCGAUCGUUCCUCGUCUAACCUUGCCAGCCAUUAUCAUGACUCUUGCUGAGCCACUGCCCACCCCGCCUGCCACCAUGGCCGAUCUAUGGAGCUUACAGACAGAGCUCUCCUCGCUCAUGGCGGCCGUUCGCCGCAUUCAAGACAGCGCACGCCAGGCUACUCAAGCUGCCGACGACAAAGUCAGGAAAUUGCAGUCCAAGGUAGAGGAGCUCGAGGCAGAUAAUCUCGCUCGCGAGUUGGAGAUCCGGCGGUUGGACCUCGAGAAGACGGAGCUGCAGCGCGAGCUGGAAGCGAGAAGACCAGACCUCGCCGCCGCCAUAGCCUCCAGAGACGCCGCAGUGAAGAGGCUCGACCAUUCUCUCAAGGUCAUCGAGGACCUCGUGCAUGACCGCGAACAGGCCAACGUUCGGACCGGCGCAAAUACCAACAAUGCAAACCGCGACAGGUCCAAGGCGAACGGACAGCCAACCACCGUAUCGGCCCCCGUGCCGAUGCAUCCUAAGCGCGGUACUCCCGUCGAGUCCGACGAGGAAUCCACUGUUCGGCCGCAACGCUCAGCUUCGAGCAUGGCAAUCAGAACAACACGAACUUCACCUACUAGCAAGCCGGAGUCAACCAAGAUGAAGCGGUCGCCCUCUUCAGCAGCUGCGUCCCAGCAACCUGCGGUGGACAACUCGGGAGUGCGUGCCCUAGAAGCAUCCAAGGGACAGCCCGACCCGGGACCUCGAAAGAAGCAGGUACCAUGGUACCUCGAGUUCUCCAAGCGUCCCGCUACCUCGGAGGUUUGGCACGGCCCUAUCCCGUACGACGACCUAGCUGUGCAUCUAGUGCUCGAUCAGUCUAUUGAAGACGACCUUCAACACAUGGAACUCAUGACUGGCUACGAUACCCGUAUGCACGCCGUCGACACCAACCUCGUCUUCAUAUACCGACCGGUCAUCCUGGAGGGAUUGACGGGGACGUACCUGAUCGGCUGGGGCGACGGGGACAUGGUCUGCAACGUCAAGGCGUGGGCGAAGACCGCAGGCGACUGCCACCUGUUCUUUUACCCUGCCGUCGAACUCGAGCAGAACGCCGGCUGGUACUACGUGGGGCUGCACUCGCUCUCAUACGCGUCGGUGGACCCCGUCUGGCACAAGCUCAGCAAAGACGAUAAGCGGCGGCUCCUCGUCGAGCUGCAAGACAGGAACGAUGGGAUGGACGUGGGGCAGUUCAAGCGGGACGUCAAGGAGGGGAGGCUGCAGCAGUGCUGCGUCCAGAUCGAGAGCAGGGGGACGAAGGCCGAGUCGUACGAGUUCUUGCGGCAGAACGGGCUGCUCGAGGGGUAGUCUUGUGCGCUGCACAAAACGCUCGGGACGGGCGAAGUCGAUUGUAUUCUGCGGAGUGUCUUGGUUGGGUACAUACCGGUGUGGUUUUCACGGGCGAGCGAACUUUCGUAUUCUUGUUUGAUUGCGUCCGACAUCAAUCAAUUACGUGCUUCUGG